AUGAGUCUCCUCAAAGAACGUAAACCCAAGAAGCCUCAUUACAUCCCAAGACCACCGGGAAAGCCGUUCAAGUACAAGUGCUUCCAGUGCCCCUUCACUUGCAAUGAGAAAUCCCAUCUCUUUAACCACAUGAAGUAUGGCCUCUGCAAAAACUCCAUCACUUUGGUGUCAGAGCAGGAUCGUGUCAUCAAGUGUCCAAAGGGCAGUUCCCUGGAGCCCAAGCAGAUCAACCAGCUGGAAUCUACAGUCAAACCAACUUCUUCUAAAUCCGUCACAAACGGACUGCCAAGCCUUGAUUCAAAGCCUCAAUACCCUUUUACAAAAGAAGACGCCAAGGAAAACGUUGAGUUACAAAACCAGGCCACAAACGCCGCGAUUCCAGGACAGAAACCCGCCAUCCCAAAGGAACUAAGCCCGGCCAGCUCUGCAGCAGAAGGUGCCAUCAGCGUGCAGCCCCUGAUGGAGGGCAUGGUCAGGCCCUCGGCCUUCGUCCCCGUCGGAGAGCACCGAGACAGCAAAGGCCCAGAAAUCACUGAGGCAUCUGAAAUCCUCUCCCUCUCUAACAAAAGUUCUCCUUUUCACACCAAGUCUGCGUUUCACGCGCCAGCUCACCCGUGGAAGGCAGGUUCUUUCCUCCCAGAAUUUCCACAUAAAGUGGCUCCCACGAAAGGCUUUGGUUCCAUUUCACCUUACAUGCAACCAAUGAUUCCCGAGUACUCACCCCAUUUCUAUGAGCACCGCCUUGCUAUCUACACACCUUACCUGCUCCCAGGUAGCUCAGAGUGUGAAAGCUCUGCUCUCUCUGUCUAUGGAGCACAAGAUCAAAGACACUUUCUUCCCCACCCUGGGCCACUUCCAAAACCCCUAAAUCCAUCAGCAUAUGAACACUAUCGAUUGUUCCAGCAGUACCACUCCACUCCACCGAUACCAUAUGGAUUUUGUAGGCCAACAGAUCCUCCAUUUUACAGAUUUUCACACGUAGCUGGUAUUAACAGGGAGCAAAACUCUCAUCUGAUGGAAGAAACCACCUUGCUGUACCCAGCUUCUUUAAGUCCGUCCCAACAAUACCCUCUAAGCUCACAUAAAAAACAAGCAGAUUAUGAAAAAGAAAUGACGUUAUUGCACGCCAAAGGUAACGCUAAGGAUGACCAAAAUGAAAGAGAGAAUGCCAAAAUGAGCCCUCUCGCGGGAAGUGCAGCAACGGGCUCCCCUGGCAGACCCAGCCCCACCAACUUCACCCAGACAAGCCACACGUGUGAGGGUUUGUUUGACCUCUCCAACAAGUCAUCGUCCACAUCCCUGGGCAAGUGUGACCAAUCAGAAGAAAACUUCACAGCCUUCAGACCUGUGAGAAAAAGCACGGACCAAGCGCCGUCCCUUCAAGGUGUGCAGGCACAGCAGGACAGAGGGGAUUCACCUAACAGCAUCAAUGUCACUGAUGAAGACUCACACUCACAGACUGAUGGUCAGAACAACACAGGCUCGCUGUCCAGCACGGAGGAAGACACAGGGAUAGGUCCCCUCAAUCUUUCAAAAAAGCCCGACACAAGCACAGGACCUACUCAUGAGCACAUGUACAAAACCCCAUCCAAAACAGACAGGCAGAGCUUCCUGGAAAUGCAGGACAUGCCCCUGAACCUCUCAGUGAAGGAUUCCUGCAACACAGCCAGCCUGAAAACAUCCUUUCACAGCCCAUCCCACGACAACAACGCCGCCGCCGCUCCUCCCAGCGCCGAGAAGGAGAGCUCCGGAGCGGAGCCGUGCGGCCCCAAGACCCCCAGCAGCAGUGCCUGUGACAAACCCUUCGCAGCCCAGCGUGGUGAGGCUGCAGACUUGGGGCUCAUGGAGAGCUGUGACGAGCAGAAGCAGACAGCAGCCGUGGCUCUGUGCCAGCUGGCUGCCUACAGCCCCGGCACGGCCCGGCUGGACGGCGACGGGCACGGCGCGCCCGCGGAGCCCGCGGCUGAUGCUCAGGAUACCCAGUGCAACCCAAAGGGGAAAGGACAAAAAAGGACAAACCAAAAAGAAUCCACGAAAUCCCAGCAAGGUGCUAAGAGGGUCAGGCCCAAUGACUGCAGCAGAGUGUUCACUUUAAGGAAGAGAACAAGAGUGUCCUAA